AUGGUGAUGUGCGGAGUGACCGGUGAGGAGUUGCGCUGUGAGCGCAUAAUGGUCAGUGCCUGUCAGAAUCUGGUGUAUGAGAUGACGAUCGCGUCAGCACCGGAAACUGCCCUUCAAUAUCUGGCGCAUGGUGCGCCACAGGCUGGUGGCGGUGUCAAUUCAUCUGCGUCUGCUUCCUCCUCAAUGGCGACCGGUCAGGUACGGACGUGGCUUGACGCGGAACGACUGAUCACCUCACUGCGGCCGAUCAUCGAUUCCGGUUGUUCCAAGCAGGCAUUGUUCCUGUUCUGCUCAUCACUCUUCCCACUCUGCUCACCGAUGGCUCCACGUCCCGUCCACCCGUGUCGCUCCCUGUGCGAACAGGUACGGCGAGAUUGUUUCAGUGAACCUCCCCACAGCAAACUCUGGCCAGCCUAUCUUGACUGUCGAGCUCUUCCUCAGCCCGAAAAGCACGGGUUGUGUAUGCAGGUGCCGUCAGAUGCAACGGGAAGUGUGGAGCAUCACCAUCACGGAGGUAAUCCACACUACCACCUGCCAUUGGCGACUAAUAGUGGAGGUAGUAGUGCUGCUGGUUCGUCGCCUCCGAGCACUGUCACUCACGAUUCCAUCGAGCCGGUGGUGACCAACACCGGAGGAGGAAGAUGGUCCAUCUCGAACCUGACAUCUCUUCUGCAGCACACCGGUGGUGGGGCCUCUAUGAUUCCGACAGGAGCCGACGGACCUAGUUGGUCGGAUAGGAUCAGCUCCAUACUGCUGGCAGGUCCGGGGCUGAUGCUACCACCAGGUGUAGGAGGUUCGUCCAACACCAACGGUGCUGAUCCAACCACCCGGGUGAUGUGUCCUGCCAACUACAGCCUCGAGUACGAUCGGUGUGUGCCACGGUGUGGACCUACCAUAGAUGCCUUGUACAGCCAGCGACAGAAGGAGCUGGUGGAGUCGUGGACACUCGUCCUAUCGGCAGUAUGCUUCAUCUUCACGCUCACAUCUCUCGUCUCGUUUUGGGCUCGAGCAGUCAAACUCGAGUACCCAGAUCGACCGAUCCUGUUCAUGACCCUCUGCUACAACCUGCUCGGUGUGUGCUAUCUUGAGCGCACUAUUCUGCAUAGUCCUCGCAGGCUAGAGGCCGCUGCUGCCGCUGAACUGCUGCUACUCGACACUUCUGGUUCACCGGUGGGCUCUGCUUCUGUCGCUGCUGCCGCCGCUGCUGCUGCCAACAACCCAGCAGUUCGCUCAGACUGCUCCAUCACGUCGCAGUGUUUGGCCUACUACAUCCUCAAGCACUACCUGCUGCUGAGCGCUCACACCUGGUGGCUGAUUUUUGGGCUCUGCUGGUACCUGAGCACGGCCAAACAGUGGUCCUGUGAGGCUCUCGAACGCAAGUCCGGUCUCUUCCACGUGCUAGCUUGGGUUGUCCCAUUUGCCGCCCCGAUUGGUGCUCUACUACGUGGCCACAUCCAGCGUUUCGAGUUGACCGGCUUUUGCACGGCUCGAGGUUUUACUGAGCUACCCGCACUUUUACUUCUGCUGGCUGGGGCGGCCCUGGUCGCUCUCGCAUUAGCUGCCCUCGCUCGAUUGCGACUCUGCUGGAACCAACGUGCACCCCAUCUGGGUCGGGUCUUUGGACGUGUCCUGAUAUUCGCCAUCUGCUAUCUACUGCCGGCGUUAGCUGCUACCAUCUGCCUUAUGCUGGAGCGAGUCGAUCACGUACAGGAACCCUGCCCAACGGGAGAUGGAGCGGGAUGUCCGGCAGGACCUCGCUUCUCUCUACUCCCGACGGUGUUGCGACUCGGGCUAACGUUGAUCGGUGGAGGUUUAGUUGGUGUUUGGCUGUGGUCACGCCAUCCUUCUGAAGGUGACACAGGAACCACGAGGAAAAGUCCUCCAGCGCCUUCCCAGCUUCUUAUCGGAGCUGGUGGGUUGAAGACCAACAGUGAGGGUAGCACGCGUGUCACCACCAAUACCCGCCGGCUGGAAGGUCGACCUUCGUCGAUGCGAGUCGACGAUCCAGCCGUCAUAAGACGAGAUGGACCACUGCUCAGUGGCGUUGGUCGCUACAAGGACUCCUCCACCGAUCGGAGAUCUAGCAGUAGAGCUUCCCGAGCUAACAACGCGUACCGAUCGGCCUCCGCAGGUGGUCGACCUACCGACAAGGGGAAGAACAAGCCUCCGAAGUUUUGCUACUCCUAUCGACCGUGUGCCGCAGGUGCACUAUCGGAGCAGAGUAUCGCCCUACGGACACCUCCGGAUCUGUCACCUGGAUCCUACCGAUCAGAGACCGGACCGGGACGUUCACCGUACGCGGUGGGUUCGGGUGGGACGUCCGGUGGUGGGGGCUACGUGCCAGUCCGGGUUCACCGUAGCCUUCGAGCUGUUCCGAUGUCGAUGAUAACGCGCAUCUAGAAGGGUAUAAGGGUUUCCUGGCGCCAGGCGCUGGCAGAUAGGUUCGUGGGCCAGCACACGUGAGAAAAGCUUUAACUAGUGUUUACGAAAUGUACGUUUAAACUCGCCGUAAUAGCAUUAAGAAGGUCCUUUCAUUCAAGUCCUCAUUCCUGCUGUCGUUCGUCACGGUAGUAAAUGUGAGAUGGAGUGUCAUCGAGAACCGAUUGUACAGAGAGGCGAGUAGGUAGUAGUAGUAUUUAAUUUUGUUAACAACUAAGCCUAGUGAUACAUGUACAGAUUUCCUUCGUCAUCGUUAAUGCACCCGGGAAAAAUCCCACGGGCGGAAAAAUUGGUUAAAAAGCCCUUACGCAACACAAGCAUACAUUAAGGGUGUGUUGUAAUAAAGCUAAAACCUAAACAACCACGUCAUAAAUUGUAGAGAAUUGACAUCACCAUCACAAGUGCCCUUUGGAGAUACAAGAACUGAUUUCCUGGAAUGCGCAGUAUUUGGCCAUUCUUAUCAUUCUAAUCACUCUAACUCAAGCCGGAACAUGUUCAGGUGGAGCCAACGAGAAUUACUCUAACAGAAUGCGUAAGGGUUCAGUAGAUGCGAUAGUUUCUUGAGAAGAAACAAAAUGAAUAUCUGCUAAAGAGCAACAAGCUAUAUGUUGCUAACGGCUAUUUGUAAAAAGAGUAUACUAAGUGGAUGUUGCGCGAAUCAGAAGU